AUUUUAGGUAUAAAGGGCGAUGAAGAGGCUGAAAAAUGUUUCUGGAGUUAAGCUUGUGAUACUUGCAGUUCAAGAAUGGACAGAAAACAUGGGAAAUACAUAGUGAACAUUGAACACUCUGGAAACCAGCCACCUUUCCUGAGUCCAAGAAACCAUGAAGCUCACAAUUCAGCAUGUCAGUUCUCUACAUCAACUGAAAUAACUGGUGAUGUUGGUACUAACUUAAUUGGUGUCUGCACCAGCCCAGCGACGCUUGAACACUCAGAAUUUCCAAACAGAGAAUUCCAACAUUAUCAGGCUCAUAGGUGGAAGGAACUUGCCUUGUCUCUGAUGAGAUUUUGGAUUUGGACUUUUGGGUUAAUGCUGGAAUGAGUUAAGAAUUUGCGG